AUGGCUAAAAACGGAUACAAACCCGACAGCGAGGCUGCAAAGAUCCAACUGUAUCAGCAAUCGUUUAACGGAUGGCCAGGGAAAGUGUCUGCAGUGAAACUAGCUAUAGCAGGAUUCAGAUACCUGGGACCUGGAGACAAGGUUAUAUGUGACACGUGCGGACUAAAACUCUACAACUGGGAUGGCAGCGAGAAACCCACGGACGUGCACAAGUCUAACUCUCCUCGGUGUGAGUUCAUCAACAAGUGGUUUGGCGGCUCCGUCGUGUCGGAUUCUGUAAGAGUAGCACCAUCAGAGCCGCCUCCUGCUUUCCCGCAGUUCUCAGACAUCAGUUCUCGACUCGACUCCUUUGAAGGUUGGCCCCAAACUAUGACCCAUCAGUCGCCAGCGACUUUAGCUGCAGAGGGGUUCUACUACAUCGGGUCUGCGGACAGAACGUGCUGUUUUCAGUGCGGCAUUCGUCUGAGAGACUGGGAUGGAGAUGAUGACCCGUUCGACUGUCACAAGGAAUAUGCUCCUGGCUGUUCGUUCAUCAAGCGCAGAGAGCGAGAGAGGCAGGGACAGCUGGAGAAGACAGAGAAAACGUCAAAGGAACAAGCUGAGGGUCCAGAAAAUGGGAUCAGUACAUUGACUAUAGGUGAAGCUACAUCGGAUUUCAAAACCAAUAACAAUACGCCAAGUAACGAAGCGACAAACUCAGUGACACCCAAUGUGACAAACACAGUGACACCCAAUGUGUCAAACACAGUGACACCCAAUGUGGCAAACACAGUGACAACCAAUGUGACAAACACAGUGACACCCAAUGAGGCAUCACCCGUCUCGGAAAGGCACACUGAUGUAUUUGAUGCACCAGCAGCCGGCGUAAACGUAGCUGAUGGUGGACAGUCGGAUAAACACAAUGUUGAUGACGACAGUAGAAAUGAUGUCAGUGAUGACGUGGUAAUCGACUGGCAAUGUCCCAAAGUUCUGGCAGUUCUGGAUUAUGGAUGUACUAAGGAGGAAAUUACGAAAGCGUUUAAACAAUAUGGGGGAGAUCAUUUCCGGGAUGCACAAUCAUUGUUGUUAGCCAUAUCGGACGCUUCAUAA